AUGAGCGAGCUGCGACCGCUGCGAGGCGGCUGCCAGUGCGGCCGGAACCGCUACAUCAUCGCCGUGCCCCAAGACGGCGUCAAGGAAGCCCAGGUCCUUUUCAACACCGAGCCGCUUCACCAGAUACCCCUGGCCACGCCCCUCGCCGCCUACAUCCGCGUGCCGCUGUCGUGGUACCACAGCACCACCUUUGCCUUCUUCCCCGACGAGACGCACACCAUGAUCCGCCGCGUCUACACGCACCCCAGCCAGGAGCACUCCAAGCGCCACUUCUGCGGCUUCUGCGGCACCCCGUUGUCCUACUGGUCCGAGAGCCCGCUCAGCGAGGCCGACUACAUCAACCUCACCAUCGGCAGUCUCCUCCGCGAUGACCUCCGCGAUCUCGAGGACAUGGGCCUCAUCCCGGACGAGCUCGACGACGACGCCGGGGGGCGGGACCGGACGCCCGCCCCCGCCACGCCCACCAGGUCCGCGGCCCUGCGCGAGUCGUUUGGCGUCCCCUGGUUCGACGGCUUGGUCGAGGGCACACGCCUGGGCAACAUGCGCCGCGCCCAGGGCGUCAAGCGAUCGCACGACGGCAGGGUCAGCGUCGAGUGGGAGAUUGUCGAGUACGCCGCCGGCAGCGACAGCGAUGCCGACAUGGAGACGGAGUCUGCGUCCUCCUCUGGCAAGCGGAAAAUGCAAGACCGGGAGGAUUAG